UACUGGGAAAUCUGAAAAAUGUAAUUUGCAGGUUACGCUGUUAGACCUCAAAUCGGUCCAACCAGACACUGCUGACGACUCUAAUAAGCCAAUAAUAUCUUGUAAUAUUUUCAUAUUCGUGAAUAUAUUUAUAUGCUAGCCGUUGUGACAGCAAGUAGUUAAAAAAAUAAUUCACCCAAUUCACAGUGUUAUUGAAUGCCACACGAGCCGUCAGUUUGUAUUCCGCCAUUGCAGUCAGUUUCAUUGAUCGAAGCAGUCUAAAAAUGCUUAACCAUACUUUUGAAAAAGCUAUGUUAGUGUUCGCGUGUUUGGGUGUACAUCCACACGUUUCAUAAAUCAUCUGGCUUCCUUACUUUGUACGUCAUACUCCCGGCGUGUCACCUUGAUUUCAGGAAGGACAGUUGUUGCGAGACAGACUAGUGGCAGUCAACCGGGGUGUGUUCAUUUUUACCACAAAUGUGUCUCCAAUUUUUUUCUUAUUCGUCUUUUUGAGUGGCGCUUUAAAAUGGGUGUAGUGGUGCGGAAUCUCCAGAAGGUGGUGCCUCUUCGCCGUGCCAGGUUGCGAAAGGACGUGAACACGCUGAGGCACAUUCUUGGCAUCCAGAACUUCGACCUGGGCAUCAUUUGUGUGGACGACCGCAGGAUUCAACAGAUAAAUCACAUCUACAGGAAGAAAAACACACCUACAGACGUCCUCUCUUUUCCAUUCCACGAGGGACUGCGACCUGGCAAGAUGCCGUGCCCCCUUCACAGAGAUGAGCUCAACCUUGGGGAUAUUUUCCUGGGUGUGGAGUUUGUUAUGAGACAGUGUCAGGAGGAAUCAUUAGAUCUGCAUGGAACACUCACUGUAAUGGUUGCCCAUGGUAUCUGCCACCUGCUUGGUUACAGGCACGAGACGGAGGAGGAAUGGAGUGAGGUAUGUGUGGAGACAUCAUGCUUAAUGAAGAAGCCUGUUCAGAGAAUGCUGGUGUGUGCGCGCGCGCGCUGUUAUCCUCCAAAGCGAAUCAGUCAUCAUCACUUAACAUUUUUAUUGUGGUUGUACUUUACCUUUGAACCUGAAUCGCCGUUUAAAGUGCAGGUGAACAUAUCAGGUAAUGUGUCCAAUGAGUGUUAGUAUGCCAUUUAUAACAGAAUACUAAAUAACUCUGUUAUUACUCUCCCUACUGUAUUCCAGGGUAUCCCUGCACAUUAACACUGCAAAUUAGCGGAUUUUUGGUUAAAAAAAAAAAAAAAUCACAGCAUACGUGUAACACUGUUAAAAAAAAAGCCCAUAAUUUUUAGAUUUUUUGUCAAGCAUUGAAAUGUCGUACUUUGUCCAGCAGUCUUUGAAGGCACCACAGUUGUGUGCAUCGAUAAUCUUAGUAAUUCAUUAGUUGUGAGUAGCUAUAUACAGUAUUUUAUACUUGAAAAUGUGUUUAGUAAGCAUGAGAGGAUUUAGCUUGUUAGCUUCCAUUGCUAUGGAACAAUGGCAAUUGAGAGUGUUCUGGAGAUGAACAUAAUCUAAUAAUUACAACAGUCACUUUUAUCCCAAAUGUUGAUCUGAAAUCGGAUGGAGGGUUUGGAGGGGUAGGAGCAAGUGUUCCAAAUAGACAUUUGCAUGGGUGUAUCGAUGACACGCGUAUUUUCGCCAUUCACUGGUAGGCGUUCUGUAACGUUUAAACACUAAUUAGUAUAGUUAAGAAGACAUAAUUCGUACCUGGAUGAGAAUUUUAUUAGGGAUUACAGUAUCCCAUUUCAACCACAGAAUGGCUAAAAAUUGAUUCAAUGCCCUCUUUUUGCGUCUUCUGAUUGUAAAACAUUGAGAUAACACCUAAAUAUGACAGUUGAUAACCUGCUGAGUAAUUUGUUGCUGUGC